AUGUCCUCAGCCGCUACCAAAGGCAAGGCACCUGCCACAAAUGGCUCAGAUAUCCCUUACGAACUGCCAUGGGUGGAAAAAUACCGACCUAACAUACUUGACGAUGUGGUCGGAAACUCAGACACAAUAGACCGACUGAAGGUCAUUGCAAGAGACGGAAAUGUUCCCCAUCUCAUCAUAUCAGGAAUGCCUGGUAUCGGCAAAACGACAAGCAUUCAUUGUCUCGCGCAUCAAUUGUUGGGUGAUGCCUACAAGGAGGGUGUACUGGAGUUGAACGCGUCAGACGAAAGAGGUAUCGACGUCGUGCGCAACAAAAUCAAGGCAUUUGCUCAGAAGAAGGUUACUCUGCCUCCCGGAAGACACAAGAUUGUAAUUCUCGACGAAGCUGACAGCAUGACCGCUGGCGCACAACAAGCGCUCCGGCGGACAAUGGAGAUCUUCUCCAACACGACACGGUUCUGUCUCGCUUGCAAUAUGUCCAACAAAAUCAUCGAACCAAUACAGAGCCGUUGCGCCAUUCUGCGUUAUGCUAAACUUCGAGACGCGGAGAUCCUGAAGCGACUGCUGGAAAUAUGUGACAUUGAAAAGGUCGAAUACAAUGAUGACGGCUUGACGGCGCUCAUCUUUACCUCUGAAGGAGACAUGCGACAAGCCAUCAACAACCUGCAGUCAACAUGGUCUGGUUUCGGUUUCGUCUCAUCAGACAAUGUCUUCAAAGUUUGCGAUCAGCCACAUCCGAUCAUCGUCCAGACCAUCAUUCGCGCUUGUAUGAAGUCAAAUGUUGACCUCGCGAUGGAGAAGUUGUCGGAGCUCUGGGGACAAGGUUAUAGCGCAGUAGACAUUAUUGUCACGAUUUUCCGUGUCGUCAAGACAUUUGAUGAGCUCCCUGAAUAUACUAAGCUCGAAUAUAUCAAGGAGAUCGGCUUUACCCACAUGAGAAUACUGGAAGGUGUUGGCACCCUGAUCCAACUGGCAGGGCUUAUUGCCCGGUUAUGCAAGCUCAAUAUGAAGCCCGAUAUGUUCAAGAUAUAGCGAUAUAGUUCGAUGGAACCUUACUGCUGUGUAAUAUUUGCUUUCUGUAUCCUUAUACGC